UAUAGUUUUUUUUACACAUUUUUGAUUGUCCAAAUUCCCUGUUCCUGCACACAUCCGAUCCGCAAUGUGUCUACGCUGCCCUGGAAAUUUGUGGAGUCUCAAACUGACACGAUCACCCACAGCCAGCCAUAGCAUUCGAUUAUCUAGUUGUGGUUGUGGCUGCCAAAAUGCAGGCGGUAGCUGCACCUGCGGCACUGAGUGUUUAUGCAAGGAGUUGGGUCGACUUGGCCCCAGUCCCAGGAAUGAGCGCGAUUUCCCGCCGGGCUAUAAGCCGGAAGUAUUGCUAACCAAGGCAUUCACAUUGCCCUCCUAUAUGCCAGCCUCCGUGUUCAGGCUGAUGGAGAAGGACGAGCUGCCGGGUCCCAAGAAAUGCAAGAAUCAGGAGUACUUCAGCUAUCAUCGCUACUCCUACUACGACUUGAAAACGGUCAUCGCAAUGCUGAAGCAGAAGGCAGGCACAGAUUGCAAAUAAGCCCAAACCCUGCCCUUGCUCCAGCCUCGAUGGUGGGGCAUUAUGACACUAAUCGUAUUAGUAGGGGAGGCUCGUUGGUUAAGAGCGGAAGGACCAGAUAUGUAGGUCCUUGUUUUCGGAAUUGCAGAGGCAAACUAACGACCAGCAGCAGCCCCAAAUGCCAUUUCCGCAGAAUGUGCUCCACACUUUGGGAGCGACAUUCAAUGCUGGGCCUGGGCCUGGGCCUGGGUCCCCUCGUUUCCGGCUUACGUGGGACAUUUUUCGUACAGGUGACAUAAUGAUCCGGACUCGCAAUCGGCCAUCGCUUCGCAGCUGUAAUUAGAGGGAAGCGAAGAGAAAAGAGACACAGCAUCCUGUGUGUGCGUUGGACAAAAGAUGCGAUGCUGUGCCCUCGUUCCGAGCGGCAACUUGGUAAUUUAGCAAAUCGCUUUAGCAAGUCAUUGGGAAAAGGCGACACAGUAGCAGCAUCAACGUUCCUUUACAUUCUCUGCCUUAUUAAAUUUACCGACACGACA